AUGUCGCUGAUCCCAAGCUUCUUUGGCAACCGCCGGAGCAAUGUGUUCGACCCGUUCUCGUUGGAUCUGUGGGACCCAUUCGAGGGCUUCCCUCUCUCCACCGGCAGGGACGCAUCGGCGGUGGCCAACGCGCGGAUAGACUGGAAGGAGACGCCUGAGGCCCACGUGUUCAAGGUGGAUGUCCCCGGCCUCAAGAAGGAGGAAGUCAAGGUGGAGGUCGAGGACGGCUCUAUUCUCCAGAUCAGCGGGGAGAGGAGCAAGGAACAAGAGGAGAAGAACGACAAGUGGCAUCGCGUCGAGAGGAGCUCCGGCAAGUUUGUCCGCCGUUUCCGGCUUCCGGAGAAUGCAAAGCUGGAUCAGGUGAAGGCUGCCAUGGAGAACGGAGUGCUUACGGUGUCCGUGCCCAAGGAGGAGAAGGAGGCUAUCACUGACCGAGGGUACCCCAACCCUCUCAUGGUGCAACCAGAUGCUAGCCCCCGGUAA